ACUAGUUACCACAGUCACAAAUUAGUUAUAUCGUAAAAAUGAAUGAAAACAAAAUUUGGCUUUUUGGUCUUAAUUUAUGGUUGGCAUAAGAUCUACAGUGAGGUUAAUAUUAGGGUUAAAGUUAAGUUGAAAUCACAUUUUAAGAAGAAUAAAUUCUACAAAUAUGCGGGGUUUAUCACUUUGUGGCUGUGGUAACUAGUAACGAGAGUUUUGUUUUUGUCAGGACGAGUUUGACAACAUUUCGCAUUUACUCCCCUAGCUAGCGAACUAAUAUUCUUCAAUCAUGGGGAAGUCUUUUGCUAAUUUUAUGUGCAAGAAAGAUUUUCACCCUGCAUCUAAGUCAAAUAUAAAAAAGGUAUGGAUAGCAGAGCAGAAAUUAACAUUCGAGAAGAAGAAGCAGGAGGACCUCAUGAAUUCUUACCUAAAAGAACAAGACACCUACAACAACAGACUGUUGAUGGGAGAUGAUCGUGUGAAAAAUGGUCUCAACUUCAUGUAUGAAGCGCCACCUGGGGCAGACAAAGAAGAGACCAAAGAGGAAGGUGAAUCAGAAUACAAGUUUGAGUGGCAAAAGACGGCCCCUCGAGAGAAGUAUGCCAAGGAUGACAUGGCUAUUAGGGAUCAACCAUUUGGAAUUCAGGUUCGCAACGUGAGAUGCAUCAAGUGUCACAAAUGGGGCCAUGUGAAUACAGACAGAGAGUGCCCUCUCUUCGGCCUGUCUGGGAUCAAUGCCAGCGCUGCACCCACAGAGGAAGCAGGUCCGUCAAUGCACCCCUCUGAGUUAAUGGCGGAGAUGCGGAACAGUGGAUUUGCCCUGAAGAAAUGUGUCCUUGGGAGAAAUUCUACUGUUUGUGAUCCAUCACAGGAGUAUGUCGCCAGUGAAGAAGAGGAGGAUCCGGAGGUUGAAUUCCUGAAGUCGUUGACUACUAAACAGAAAGAGAAGCUCCUCAGGAAACUGGAUCGUCUAGAAAAGAAGGAGAAGGAGAAGAAGAAAGACAAGAAGGGCAAAAAGCAGAAGAAGAAGAAGAGUAAAGGAAAGCAGAAGAAGCAUGAUGGUGAUAGCUCCAGUGAAAGUAGCAGCAGCAGUGAUGGUGACAGUGACUCAGACUCUGACAGCAACUCUAAGAGCCAGAAGAAAAGGAAGAAGAAGAAGGACAAGAGAAAGGACUCCUGUUGUGACAACACGAAGAGUGAGGGACUAGUCAACAGUAAGACCAAGGCCGCCUCUCACAGGAGCAGGUCACGGAGCCCAACCUCCAGACCGAAACGGCACGAAGACGAUACCAGAGAGAAGAAACAAACGAGGGCUGAGGCAGGCAGGAGCGAGGGCAGAAAGUACAGUCCAGCGAGAAAGAUGAGGGUGGAAGAACGUCAGGAGAGACACAGACACGACAGCAGGGAGAGGCAGAGAACCAGCUGCAGCUCCCAGCCUGGCCCAGAAGGAAGCAGGAGCCGUGAGAGAGGUAAAGACCAGGUUCACAGUAGGGAUGAGGGGAAAAGUAGACGAGAGACGAAUAGGAGCAGAGAUGGAGCGAAGGAUAAAGCAGCAAAAGAGAGGAGUAGAAGCCACGAGAGAGGGAGAGAGAGGGGAGGUAAAGAGAGGAGUAGAAGCCACGAGAGAGGGAGAGAGAGGGGAGGUAAAGAGAGGAGUAGAAGCCACGAGAGAGGGAGAGAGAGGGGAGGUAAAGAGAGGAGUAGAAGCCACGAGAGAGGGAGAGAGAGGGGAGGUAAAGAGAGGAGUAGAAGCAGGAGAACGGGCCGAGGGAGGGAGGAAUAAAGAGAGGAGUAGAAGCAGGAGUACGGGCCGAGGGAGGGAGAAAUGAGCCAGAAGCCGAGAUGGAGCUGAGAGAAAGCGCUAAACUGUGAGAGUAGACAAUCUUACAAAGUGGGACAGUAAUGGCAUACCUUUUUAUUUUGCUGGCCUAAACAAAGUAAAUCUUUUUCGACACGAACGUGUAAUGUUUUCAAUGUUUUAUGAUGCUACUGUAAAAUGUUUUUUUUUUUUUCUUUAAGUGUGGUCACUUUAUUAAACAUUAAACAACA